AUGAGGUAUGCUGAAUUGGAAAGUCUUCUGGGAGAAACAGAUCGUGCACGAGGUAUUUAUGAAUUAGCGAUCAACAGGAAAUUGCUGGAUAUGCCGGAAUUAUUAUGGAAAGCAUAUAUUGACUUCGAGAUUGAACAGUAUGAUUGGGAACGUGCUCGGUCACUUUAUCGAAGACUGCUAAAUCGAACACAACACGUCAAAGUAUGGUUAAGUCUUGCAAACUUCGAAUUGUGUGCCUUGAACAAACUCACAGCCGCUGAUUUAGAUGAUGAAGAUUUAGAACAUUUGAAAGAUGUUGAACUGGACAAAGAAACAUUAAUACAAGAACAUAAUGAAAACGAAAUCAACAAAGCAGUAGAACGUUCACAGGAUAAGGAGCAACGUGUUCGAUUACUUGAAGCUUGGAAGGAAUUUGAAUAUGAAUAUGGAACUGAAAAAACACAGCGAGAUGUUGAUAAACUACAACCGCAGAAGGUCGUUCGCAGUCGCCGACUUGGUGAUGAACGUAGUGGUUGGGAAGAAUAUAUUGAGUAUACAUUCCCCGAUACAGAUGCAGAAAAGCCAAAUCAAAAAUUGCUUACAAUGGCCGCUAGAUGGGCAGAACAAAUGGAGAGGAAAAAAGCAGCUGCAGAGGCCGAAGGUAAAGAGGAUAGUGAUUCCAGUGAAGAAUCUGAAGAAGAAGAAGAAGAGGAGGAUGAUUUACAAGGUGAUGAAGAUGAUAAUCGUAUUCCUGAGAGAGAACCCACAUGGUUUGACCGGAAAAACAAAGAAGAAAUCGAAAUCGACGAAGACAGUGAUUAA